GAAGCAGUCAGCUGAGCACAAGUUGUGCGGACGCGGCUCUGACCUCGUAGCGCAUGCGGGAUCGCGAGGAAAACGUUUAACCCCGUCCCCGUGCACACAGUUUGUCAUCCCAACAUAAUCCAGUUUAAUUUCCUCCCUUUUCAUUCAGGUUUCGUCGAUAUUUUCCCGAGAAGAGUAUCGAUUUAAAGGCUACUGCACAGGCGUUAGGAGGUGAAUGUGACGACUGAAAACAUCUGCAGUUUUUCUGAGUAUGGCAUUAGCUGGAUGCCCAGACUAUUUCCUACAUCAUCCAAACUACCAGGACAAUGUUGACCGCACCCCUUCUCACAGGCCAUCCACUCUCCUUGGCUCACGCUUCCAGCAGUCAUCCAAUCGGAAUUCUCAUAAUCACCCAGAUGAUGAUGUAGAUCUGGAGGCCCUGGUGAAUGACAUGGCCUCUCUUUCAUCCUAUGAUAGCUCAUAUGCAUCCUGCGGGACCUUACAUGCUGACUCCGCCCCCCUCUUGCACAGAAACGAUGGCAGUGAAGUCCAUGGCAGUAGGGUGGCCCUUCUGCCACGGGCCCCUACUAAUAAAGUGACCGUCCCCCACGUUCCUGCCCAAAAGCUUCGUCGAUCUCAGCCAGUGCACAUACAGGCUGUCAGGCGUCUUCAAGAAGAAGAGUUGCUGGUUCGUCCUGCUUCUUUGCCAGCUAUUCCAAACCCUUUCCCCGAGCUUUGCAGUCCCUCAGGAUCUCCUGUGCUGAGCCCUGGAUCUCUGCCACAGCCGUCAGAGUCACAUAUCGUCAAGGUUUACAGCGAGGAUGGCGUGGGAAAAGUCGUGGAGGUUCCUGCCGACAUGACGGCCAGAGAUGUCUGCCAAUUUCUGGUUUACAAGAACCACUGUCUAGAUGACAACUGCUGGUCAUUGGUGGAGCAUCACCCCGUCCUCGGUCUGGAGAGAUGUUUAGAAGAUCACGAACGGGUGGUCCAGGUCCAGGCCUGCAUGUCCCCAGAGAGCAAGUUCCUCUUCAGGAAGAACUACGCCAAGUACGAGUUUUUCAGAAGCCCAUUGAACUUCUUUCCGGAGCAGAUGGUAGCGUGGUGUCAGGAAUCGAACGGCCCGGUUCCACAGUCACAGCUCUUAAAGAAUUUCUUGAAUUCCAGCAGCUGUCCAGAGAUCCAGGGUUUCCUUUAUUUGAAAGAGACGGGACGCAAGUCUUGGAAAAAGCUUUACAUGUUCUUGCGCCGUUCUGGUCUGUACUACUCAACCAAAGGAAUGUCUAAGGAGCCGAGGCACCUGCAGCUUCUGUCCGACCUGGAGGAGAGCAACAUUUUCACUGUGACAACCGGCAAAAAGAUGCACAAUGCGCCCACAGACUACCAGUUCUGCAUUAAGCCCAGUAAGGGCAGGACAGAACUAAAGGAGCUAAAGAUGCUGUGCGCAGAGGACGAACAGAGCCGUACGUGCUGGAUGACAGCAUUCAGACUGUUAAAGUUUGGCAUUCUGCUAUAUCAAAACUACAAGACACCGCAGCAGAGAAAGGCAGCCAUCUCCAACUUCUCUACACCUGUGCGGAGUGUCUCGGAGAAUUCGCUGGUUGCGAUGGAUUUCUCAGGCAGAACGGGUCGUGUGAUUGACAACCCUGUGGAGGCUCAGAGCGCCGCCAUAGAGGAGGGACAUACCUGGAGAAAGCGGGGUCCGAGAAAGAAUGUGCUGGGGAGCCCAAGUCCUCUUUAUCCAUCACCACUAAGUUCAGUCAUCCACAGGACACAGUUGUGGUUUCAUGGCCGUAUUAUGAGGGAGGAGUCUCACAAGAUGAUAAUGCAGCAGGGCCAAGUGGAUGGGUUAUUCCUAUUGAGGGACAGCCAGAGCAACCCAAAAGCAUUUGUUCUCACGCUGUGCCAUCACCAGAAGAUUAAACACUUUCAGAUUUUACCUAUCGAAGAGGACGGGCAGAUUUUUUUUAGUCUUGAUGAUGGCUCCACCAAGUUCACAGACCUGAUCCACCUGGUAGAGUUCUACCAGCUCAACAGGGGUGUCCUACCGUGCAAACUGAAGCACCCCUGCACCAUGGUGGCCUUAUGACCCCUCCCUUUUCCUGAUUUAUACACGCUCAUACAGCAGUGUAUCGGAGAAACUGGAUUUUGUUUUGUUUUUAUAAUUUCCAGUCUUUUUUACAAUAAGCUGAUGCAUAUAAAAAUAUUUGUUUUCGCUCUGGAAAAGCAUGGAAACAUUUCGGGACACGAUGAAGCAUCCUGGACGACCGUGUCCUGUGGUUUUGAUGAGGAGGUGGAGAUGUCCAAGAUUUCGCUCAUCAUGUAGGACCCGACGGAAGACCUCCCCCAUGCUCGCAUAAAAACUAAUGAUCAGUCAGGACAGUUUUAUCUUUAUAUGAUGUGUCUGCAAGGACUUGCAUUGCAAAAAUUACUUGAUGACGAUUGAUAUGUAUUACGUUAUUUCCUACCUUGAAUAUUUUGCACUCUCGAGCUGAAAACAGGUGAUCCGCUUCAUCCUGAGCUAAUAGCAACUGUUACCCACUUGCCUUCCUCCAGCGUUUCUCUUCUUUUUCUUAAUUUUUUGUAAUCAUCUACGCUCUUUCUGGGGAAAUCCUAUAAUCGAAUCCUGCAGUUGCGUAACUGAAUUACAGACAGUUUGACUAUUUGAGGUUUUACUCGAGCAAGCCUAAAUGACAGCCGUAAAACAUAACCGAUCAUGCAUAGUUCAUUUUGUUUAUGUCAGCAGGGAGGAAUUAGCCGCAAGGGGUAGCAAACUUGCACUUCGAUGAAUAAUACUUGAUUGCUAUGCUUCACCAGCAUAAUAGAUAGUUAAGCGUUGUCUUAAAGUUUUAAAACUUAAGCUCUGUCGACAAUAUCUGUGGCAUGCUGUUUAUAACCACAUCAAAUUUACUUAAUACAACUCGUACCACUGUUUUUAAGGAAGAACAAAAGUUUAAACUAUUUUACAUUGGUAACCAACAGCAUACCACAGAUUUUGUUUGUAGUGCAAAUGUUGUGUAACAGAAAAUAGGAAUGGAGAUUUUUGUGUACAGGGCUAAAAGACCAGUUCAUUUUUAUCUUUUGGAAAUGAUGCAAUAGGCACUAUGUGAUACAGGUCGGCUGGAUUAAGUCUAUGGCCCGUUUGAGUUUGAAUUGAUAUUUUCGCAUAUAGUAUUUUUGUAUUUAUGGACAUUGAAACUCGAUUAGAUCCUAAAGGUAUAGUUCACCCAAAAAUUAAAAUUUUGUCAUCAUUUUAUCACUUUCAUACCGAGCCCCUAAGGUGACAUUGGAGUAAAAAAAAUCUAAAAUUUAGUUUCAGUGCUCACGUGAAACUUUCAUGCGCAGAAAGUUUAGCUUCGCGCGAACACACGAUAGUUUUACACAUGCACAGCUGAAGGUUUAGCACAUGCGCACGCGAAAGUUUCGCACAUGCGCACGCAAAAGUUUCGCACAUGCGCACGCAAAAGUUUCGCACAUGCGCACGCAAAAGUUUCGCACACACGAAAGUUUCGCACAUGCGCACGCAAAAGUUUCGCACAUGUCAUCAUUUUAUCACCCUCAUACCGAGCCCCUAAGGGACAUUGGAGUAAAAAAAUCUAAAAUUUAGUUUCAGUGCUCACGUGAAACUUCAUGCACAGAAAGUUUAGCUUUGCGCGAGCACACGAAAGUUUUACACAUGCGCAGGCGAAAGUUUCGCACAUGCGCACGCAAAAGUUUCGCACAUGCGCACGCAAAAGUUUCGCACAUGCGCACGCAAAAGUUUCGCACAUGCGCACGCAAAAGUUUCGCACAUGCGCACGCAAAAGUUUCGCACAUGCGCACGCAAAAGUUUCGCACAUGCGCACGCAAAAAUUCCGCACAUGCGCACGCAAAAAUUCCGCACAUGCGCACGCAAAAGUUUCGUGUGAGCACACGAAACUAAACGCGGUACUUUCACAUGCGCACGCGAAAGUUUGCAGACAAUAUCUCACGUAAAACUUUCGUGCGCACACAUGAAACUUUCGCGUGGGCACACGAAAGUUUGCAAACAAUAGCUCACGUGAAACUUUUGCGCGUACACAUGAAAACGAAAGUUUCACGUGCGCAUGCGAAUGUUUCACGUGAGCACACGAAACUAAACGUGGUAGUUUCACGUGAGCACGCGGUAGUUUCACGUGCGCACGCGAAACUAAACUUUAUUUAAUUUUUGCUCCAUGUCCCCUUAGGGGCUCCGUACCCUCGAGUUGUUACAAACUUGUAUAAUUUUCAUUCCCUAAUUUCUACUGAAAAGAAAGGAAAAUAUUUUCAAGCAAUGUUUUUCAUCGAGCAGUUUUGAAGCACCAUUACUAGAAAAAAUACUAUGGAAGUCAAUGGUGCUACAAAAUUGUUUCUUUACAAACAUUGCUCAGCUAAAGAAGCGAAUUUAUACAGGUUUGUAAAACUUGUGGUUGACUAAAUGAUGACAGAAUUUUCAUGUUUGGGUGAACUAUCCCUUCAAAAGGCCUGUAAAACAUGACCCGUCCCUCUUUAUAUAAUGUAGCCCACCCUGAUCACAAUUCAAGGGUCAUUCUUUAUCCUCCAGCUCCUUACUUUUUUAAUUAACUUAGUGUAUAAGUGUAACCCGAAGCUUAAUAACUGCCUUUCAAAUCACUGUGCUGUUCUUGAGCCAUGUUAAUCUUUAAAGUGACAGGCCAGAACAGAUCAAGCAUCUGUAUGGACGAACACGUACGAUCGCACGCUCUGACAAAGAGACAGAGGUUUUGCAAAGUCACGUCUCGUGGGUGUGUCUGUAAUCCUAUAAAGCCGAGUGACAUAAUGCGUGAGGAGAUUAGCUCCCGUGACAAGAUUUUUAGCAGGUAUAGCUGGUAUACGGUCACUUCGGUAGUUUGUCUACAGCAGCGCUGUUCUGUUCUCGCCGUCCGCCUUGUUACCCUUCCAACACUGGCCCAGCAAGACUAAGCUAUGUCAACCUCUAGUGGUUUUUUUUUAUGCUAACUCUGACAGCCGACUGUUAUACUGCUGAGCUAGAACCACACACGCCUGAAGGACGAGAGUGUGCAUGAUGCACACUAUGAUUGUGAAACACUUUAUAGUACCACAUAAGCACCUUUGUUUUUAUUAUCAUGUAAAAGCCACGCCGUGUUUAACUUAAAUGAACGCUUUAAGCAUGUUUCUCAUCUCGGUGAUGUUAGCUACUAGGCUCUGUCAAUCAAGGCUUACGUUGUGCCUUGCAUUAAAGGGAUGGUUCACCCAAAAAUAAUAAAAAUCUGCUAUUAACUAACUACACCACCUAUUUUGUUACUAUAACAUUCAUUUGAUCAUAAAGCCUAAAAAAAUUUGAAUUUUAUGUAAGAAAUGUUGAUUGCAACAACAGAAUAUUAUUAUUUUUUUGUGUGAACUAUCCCUUCAAAAUGUUAAUUCACCAUUUUUUUUCUGUUCAUACACAAAUCUGCUUUAUUUUUAUGAACACUAUAAAGCUUAAUGUAUGUAGUGUCAGGGAUUCUAAGAUGUGGUCAAUGGAAGCCUCAACAUGGUUGAUUUUAUCACAUUAUGGUUUAGUUAAUCUUUUGCUUAUCAAAUCAAAUUUAGUCACAAUUCCCGCAUGCAUGAAUUUGACAAGGACACCUGGACACAAAGUAUGUUUUAACUGGAAUACACACGGGCAGAGUCGGAUUUGUUCCGUGCUAGGUGUACGUUUGGGUGAUGCUUAGUUUUGUUAACCUUUGUUGUUAUGUGGAUCUUCAUUAUGAAAUGUCAAACAUGUGAGGAAUAUCAACUUGGCUCUCUUUCCAUACUGUGGAGACGAGACUUCGGUUAGUCUUGCUUAAUAUCAACUACUGUGGGAUAACGUUGAGCUUUCACAUGCAUGUUUUGGCUCUCGUGCAACGGUGUUUAUUAAAAAUACAGAAAACAGCUCUCUAAGUAUGUGAAGCCUGAGGAGAGGUAGUGAAUCUAACACUGUAUUAAACAUCAUCUAUUACUAUAUAAAUGUGGUGAGCUCCAAAAACAAAAUGAAGAUGUUAUGCAUAAAUGGCAGAUUAUGCAUAUUCCCUCUCGACUUGUACCAGUGUGCAUAUUUUUAGCUUAUAUUGUGUUUUCAUUUUUAUGUCACAAAUGUCUUUUUAUAAAGAGUAUAUAUUACAGUAUUAAAUUA